UUUGAAUAUCAUUAACCAUGUAUAAGAAGUCAUACAUCCUCAUCAUCAUUCUUCUAACUGUAGUACUCUUAUCCAGUUUUGUACUCAUUCUACCGCACCAAUACCGACCUAAACCGUUGCUGUGUGGAAUACGGAACGGUAUGGGCAUAUGCUAUCUAAACUCUGUCAUGCAAGCACUUUUUUCAUCAGACAGAUUCAAUGAAUUACUCACCAAGUAUUCCACAUCAGAAAAUGAAAUGAUACAAAGUUUGAUCGAGAUAAGAGCUCUGAUGUGCAAGGGUGGCACUGUAAACUUGCUGCCAGUGUACCAAAAAAUGUUUAAUAAGGCUGACCAGGAGUUUAACCUGUCACACAAGGGAGGAUCGCCCAUAUUUGCUCUGGAAUACAUCGGUAAAUGCAUGGAGAAGACAAUAGCAAGCGAUUUCUUCUUGGCCCAGGAAAACUACGAAAAAACGAAGGAAAUUCAGAGCGAUUUGUCGCUUUAUCACAGAUUCCUUAGAUUUUAUCCACUUCUCAAAGGUAAUGUCAACGAGAUGCUGAAAAAUGGGUUGGAAAAGGUCAUCGACAAAAAAUCGUUUAUAUUCCCCGAAUUAUUAGUUGUAUGUCUUUGGAAUGUGCAUAGCUACACUGAUGCAUCCCAUGAUAGAGUAGUUUGCAAUCCAGAAAUCAUAGUUUUUGGAAAGAAGUACAGGUUAGUUGGUCUCAUAAUUUCUGUGAAAAGUAAGAAGCUGAGAAGAAGACAUGCAUUUGCAAUGGGACUGAGAGCCAAUAGGUGGUAUAUCUUUAAUGAUGAAAACAUUCAAAUGAUCAGGGAUAAAAAGUGUGUAUUUAACAACAGAUUCUGUUCAAUCGCACUUUAUGACAGAGUUUGAGAAAUAAAUGGGCACAGAUA